AUAGUGUGAAUUAUUGAGAAAUUUUGCUGUACCAAAUGGAACAGUCACUGAUGUCCAUUUUCUUUGAUGGCACUUGGAUGUCCAAUACCUUGGUGUCUGCUGCUGGUUUCACCAUCAUUAUUCACUUUGCGUAAAUGCUAACCAUGGCAGAUUGUGAACAACCUAUCAGUCAUACAGUGCAAAAGUUCUGGAUAAAAUGGGUUCUGUUCAUGCUAAGUCACACCCUCAGAUGAGGAAUGCAACUGAUGAAAACUUGAAGCCUCUGGAUGAAGUAAACGCUCGUGUAGACAAGAUCCAUUUUGAUGGCGUGAAAAGAACUAAAGAUGAUGUGCUUCUACAAGCAGUUGGAGAUCUUUUGAAAGCUCAAAAUGUUCAUGAUGUAGUCUUAAGAGCUCAUGGUGUGAAACAACAGUUGGAAACUCUUCAGGCAUUUAAAAGCAUUGAUAUCAUCCUUGAUACUAGUAAAGGUCCUGAUGCAACACCCGAUGGAUUAGAAGUUACUUUUAAUAUUAAAGAAAAAUCUAGGAUGGAUGGUAACAUUAGUGCAUUAGCUGGAAAUAAUGAAGGUAGUUUACUUUUUAGGUUACUGUGCCCAAAUAUGUUUGGGAGAGGUGAAGCUUUAUCUGCUGAUUAUCAAUAUGGUAAAAAAACUGUUGGAUUCAUAGUGACAUCUACCAAACCAUUCUUGAACUGGGCUAAACCUAGGUUGAAUCAGUUUGUAUUUGGACAAACAACUGAGUAUUUGUGGAGUGGUUACCAAGAAAAAGUAAAAGGCCUUGGAAUUGAAUUUAUGUUUGAAUCAUCACCUCAAGUACAGCAUUCUUUAAGAUGGGAAGGAAUAUGGCGAAAUCUCCAAUGUCUUUCUCCUGCAACUCCUUUUGAAAUAAGGGAAGAAGCUGGGCAUAGUGUGAAGUCUUCUUUAAAACAUAUCUUAUGCAUGGAUCAAAGAGAUGAUCCUUGUCUUCCAUCUCAUGGUAGCUAUUUUCGCUUAUACCAAGAAUAUGCUGGUCUUGGAGGAAAUGUUAGUUUUCUGAAACAUGAAAUUCAGUACCAAAUGAACAAACCUAUUUUAGAUGAAUUGGUGCUACAAGCAACGUUAAUGGGUGGUUUAGUUCGUACCUUAAGCCCCGAUCAGUGUGUGAGAAUUAAUGAUAGAUUCUUUUUAGGUGGACCAUUAUCUCUAAGAGGUUUUUCCACGAAUGGGGUUGGCCCACAAGCCCGGGAUUAUUUCCUUGGAGCUGAAGCAUAUUGGGCUGGAGCUCUUCAUGCAUAUGCACCUUUGCCUUUUCAUCCUUUGAGACAAAUUCUUGAUAAAAUAUGUAAAGUACAUUUAUUUUUAAAUACAGGAAACAUAGGUAACUUUGCUUUCACUGAUGAUUAUCAUCAUAAUGCAAUGGUACUUCUUUCACAUUUAAGAUGGUCCUGUGGAAUAGGUUUAGUUUUCUCUCUUGCAAGUGUGGCUAGAUUUGAAUUAAACUAUUGUAUACCUUUAACUAGCCAGCCAGGUGAUAAGCUUAAAGAAGGUCUUCAAUUUGGUGUAGGUGUUAAUUUUUUGUGAAUUUAAUUAAAACAUUUAUAAAUUA